GGCUGUAAAGCAACCGGAAAUAGAAAAAAAAUACGAGAUGACGAUUUGACUCCACCUCAUGAUGCUAUUUAGCAACAGAUGAGCAUCUGUAUGUUCAUUUCUCGCUGCCACGGUCCAGCAUCGCCGUCUAUCGGGCGGACUGAAGGAAUUCUCCCCCAGCUGUGUGAUGUCCGUCGGGGUCUCCGUGGCUUCGUAGCUGGCUGCCCCCCGCUCCAUCCACCGUGCUGGGGUUGUUUUCUUUUUUUGGUGGAGUUUGUCGCCGUUAUGGAUGCGCUGUGGAUGGUCUCGCCGCUGCUGCUGGUCCCGCUCCUGCUGUGGACGAGCAGCACGUUCGCUUUCUAUUUUAAAAAGUUCUUCUACGUGGCCUGGAUGAUGUUCUUGGCCCUGCUGGCGAUCCCCAUGAGCGUGGUGAAAAGCGGAGGCAGGGACAUUGAAAACAUGAGGAUCAUCCGCUUCAUGGUUCGCCACGUCAAAUACUUGUUAGGUCUCCGAAUGGAAGUGAGCGGUCAGGAACAUCUGCAGUUACAGGGACCCUAUGUCAUCAUCUCGAACCACCAAAGCUCCCUGGAUGUUUUGGGCAUGAUGGAAAUCUUACCCGACCGCUGCACCACGAUCGCCAAGAAAGAGCUCAUCUACGCCGGCACGGUGGGUCUCAUCUGCUGGCUGGGCGGCAUCGUCUUCAUCAAUCGCAAGAAGACGAGCGACGCCAAAAGCGUCAUGUGCGACGCUGCCAAAACCAUGCUGGAGGACCAGAUCCGACUGUGGGUGUUCCCAGAGGGGACGCGCAACCAGCAAGGUGACCUGCUGCCCUUCAAAAAAGGUGCUUUCCACCUGGCAGUGCAGGCGCAAGUUCCUAUCAUACCCGUCGUUUUCUCCUCCUACAAUAACUUCUACCGUCGGAAAGAAAAGCAGUUCAUUUCAGGGACCAUCAGGUUGAAGAUCCUCCCAAAGAUCGAGACGAAGGGGAUGACGUCGGACGACGUGACUUCUCUGGCCGACAAAUCCUACCAGGUGAUGCGCUCCGCUUUCAUGGAAAUCUCUGACUCCAUCGCCCAGAGCAACGGGCCCACGAGGCACUGAGGAUUAGUCCCGCCCCCUCCCCGCUUCCUACCCCCCAGGUUGUCACGUCCUCCAAGCCAAGAAAACGGCGCGAUCCAUCUUCUUGUCAAGUUGACGCCUGGUGCAGUCGGCCUGAACUCUACAGCACAGCCGGUCCUGACCCUCCGCGGCGCUCUGCACGCCGCGGGCGGAGUGACGGACCGCCAGUCCAACGGUGUGGGUGUGUGUUGUUCAUGCAUGCCUCUCGGGGUGGCACCCUCAUCCCCGCUUCUGAGCCUCGGCUUUGGAAAGCCCGGCGCCGUUUAUGGCCCUUUUUAGUUUCCAGCGUUUUCCUUGGCUUUCGUCUUCCUUUCUGUCUCCAUCUGCCGCGUGUUGAACAGAUUCUCUUCAUAAACGUCACCGGUUGGUUAUUUAUGCGCUGCUCUCAUGCUGCCUUGGAUUUACUCAUCUUCGGUUGUGUAGAAGCACAGCAUCUUCCUCCUUCAUUUCCCCCCAACUUCUUUUUUUUGGUUUUCUCUUCGUUUUGGUUCUAAAACCAAAAAUUAAAGGUGAACGGUGGUCGGCUUUUGUUUGGCGGUUCAGCACAACCACCAGCAGCUCCACGGCGUCCGGGGACGAGGAAGUGCUGAAUCAACCCAUCAGUUUGUGCCGCUCUGUCUCUCUUUGUUUACUUCCAAAAAAACACAAACACACAGUUUGCAGAAACGUUUUUUUUAUUUUUGUGUUCUUUGUUUUCAUAAAAUAUUGAGUUUUUUUCUGUUGCUUUUGAAAAGCUUUUGUUCCAUUGGAAAGACCUCAGUGAUGAAGAUGUGUCAAAAAAAACGGCUGACUUCACGUCCUGAAGCGUUUCAGCAUUAAUGUUCCAAAGUGCGAGCUACCUGCUGUGCCAUGAAGAACCCUUUCUGUGAACCAACGGCUUCUUUAAUCACAUUUGUACCAAUGAUUAAAGGCAGAUCUGCUGUAGGGUUUUUUUUUUGUGUGUUGAAAUUAACUGAAAGAUUUUUGCUCAUGACUGACUAAUCCGACUCCUAAGAAGAGUUUGAUCCCGAGAAUCUCUUUGACUGACUAAUUAAGGAGUUAUUCCAGAUUUUUAGAGGAAAGAAGUGAUAUUUUUUUUGUGCGUUUUGUGCAGGUUGUUUCAGAAAUUUUGGCCUUAAAUUUGUCGGGUUUGCCGCUACUGCUGCACUUUGAAUUAUUCCGUGAUUGUUCGGCUUGAUUUUUGUUCAUUACCUUCUUAACUAGAUGGAGUUUUUUAUUUUUAAUUUUUUUGUCUUACAUUUUGGUCUUAAUUUUUGCUCACUGCCUUUAACACUUUCACCUGUUUUGCCCUCAAAGCACCACCUGAGAAUGUAACACGGCGUUCAGGACAUAUUUAUAUAUAUUUUUUUUGUUAGUGGUUUACAUUUCCUUGAUUAAAAGUUAAGAUGUUGACAGCAUUUAAGCUGCCACUUGAUCUAAAACGUCUUUAUUUGAGGUGGAGAUGCUAAUCUUUAGCUACGUUCACACUGGGCUCGGAAACGUUAUUCAAGCGACCACUUUCAGUGAAAAGUUUACGUCAGGCAUGUCCAAAGUCCAAAUUUGCUUUUAUAAAAUCAGUGAUAUGCACCCCCCCAGCAUUUUCCAAAGACUAUAUGUUGUAAUUCUUGAUUGUAAUUGGCUAAAUUAGGAUUUAAAGUCGACACAUGCUACCUAUGAUAAGCUAACUUGGAAUGAAUGGUGCGGAAAAUGGAUAAUUUGAUGAUAAAAACGUAUUUAGAUGUAUUUAUUCUCUAUGUAAAGACAUGAAAUAUUUAUUUAAUGGUUCAUUUGCAUUUAAAAAAUUGCAUUUAAUAUCAUAAAAUGAUCGUCACCUAGUGGCCAAACUGAAACGCCCUCCAGGAGAGGCAGAACAAUCGUUGGAGCUUCUCCGUUGGUAUUAACAAUGUAAUUAUAAUUUUACUAAUAUAUUUUACAGUAUGUGAACUGUAUUAGAUUAUUCUGAAUAUCUUCAAAACACAUAUAUAGAUUAUUAAUUUAUUGCUAAACAUAUGUGCCUAAAUGUGUAAACUCAAAAUUAAAAUCCGUGAAUCUAAAAAAAUCUGAAUCAAAUCGAUUCUGGAAAUUAUCAAUAUCCAGCCCUUGUACAUUGAACACCAGUUGAACUUUGACCUAUCAAGGACUCAGUUUUGGGAGACACGUAUGUAUGGUGUCUCUUAUCAUUCACAACUGUUGGUACGUAUGCUAGUAUGGGGGGCGACAGACCAGUGUUGACACCGUUGAACGUUCAUCACAUGCCUGGUGUGUACGUAGCUCUAGACCAGGGAUGGGGCAACUCCAGGCUUCCAGGGCCGCAUUCAUGCAUGUUCUACUUGGCUGGAAAGACAUGAACCAGUUAUCCGUCAAUAACUAGGAUAUCUGGAAACCGUGCGGGUCCUGGAGACCUGGAGGUGCCCGUCCCUUCUCAGAAGGCUGGAUUUAUGUUGUUGGAUCCUCCGCUGUGACUCCACUGGUUUUAGUAAAUCCAGAUGAAUCACCCCCCUUUUUCAUUCUAGACUUCAAGCUUCUGUUUCCAGAUUUGACCCCCGCUGCAAGCUUUCUGAAUGUCCAAAAGCACUCGACCAAAUCGGUUUCUGCCCCCUCCAAAAAAAAGCAGCAGGUGUCACACGUGCUCAGUGUUUUCAUUCGUUUCUUGUUCAUUUCAUGGUGGUUGUACACUUUAAAUGUGUGAUUUGUGUAACCAGCAGGCUCUAUGAAACCCCACCACCACCACCACCACUACCCCACCCCUGCCUGUUGACCUUCAGGCAGAUGGGAAAAAAAAUCAAAGUAUUCUUAACUUUAUUGAAGCACUUUUUUGUGGCAAGUUCAGGUGUGCAAAAUGAAAUGAGGAUUUUUCACCAAAGUGUGAUUUGGAUGCUGACAUCCUGCAGAGUGCUGUUGUGUGAGUGUGUGUGUGCGCGCGUGUGAGUGAGUUCCUUUACUGUGUGUAAAAAUACACACCUGGUCUAAAUGCCCAUUAUAGUAUCUGGUUAAUAUUGAUAAUAUAGUGGUCUUGAUUUCACCUGUUCUGGGUAAAUGUGAAUGCCUUGCAUUACAAGAAAUAAAAAAAGUCUCUUUUUAC